GGACUUUACGCUCCCUUCUUUGGCACCGGCGAUCCACAUCCUCAAUAAACCACCCCUCUAGGCAAUCUCGCCAUGGCCGACGCACAAUCCAGGCCGGACACCGGUAGCUCGCAGAGCUCCGACAGAGGAGAGACAUUCGAAGAUGCGACCGACAUGACCCCUCGUCCCACCUCGGAGCGCUCCCGGUCGCGGUCACUGAUCAGUCGACGGGAAUCAUCAUCCUCUACCGCCCAGGGACAUCGAGCGGAUUCUCCAGUACCCAAAAUCCCCAACACAGACGGUACGCAGGAGGAGCAGAAACGGGACAGCGUCCCUGAACCCACCGUGGCGACCGGCGAAGAUGCAUCACACGCGAAAUCGCCCCUGCUCACGGCACAUAGAAUAUCUGUGACGUCGGAUAUGGACGAAGUCUCUCUAGACGAAGAAGGCGCAAAGACCCCCGGCCUCCUGCCGAAAUUACCACCCCGAGAUUCCGGAAGCGGACUACAGGGUCUGUCCGGGAAAAUGUCUCCCGUCAAGUUCCCUCCACCACCGCCUCCUCCGCCGGUGUCAGAAAAGCAUGCUUCCGUGCCGCCGCCCGCUCCCUCUCGCAAAUUGACCAGCCCGUUUGCAUGGUUGGCGCGGAACACGUCCAGCAAGAAGCCAGAGUCUCCGCCGCUGCCUACUUCUGACAGGAGGAAUACCAAUGCCUCAAUUGCAACGCUUGGGAGCAAUCCGGAGUUGACGCUUAGCAAAAUCGAGGAUGAAGGGGAACAGACGCGCCACAAUCGAUCGAGUCAAGGCAGUCUACGCGAUCGCUUCAAGUUCCUAAGGAUGAGGGAAGAGGCUGGCAUCACAAUGGAGGAUGAGAGCAGUGUUGAACCUGGCCAUGGAGGCGCCCUUGCCGGUCUCAUCGGACGGACAACAGGCCUUGGUCUUGGUGUGGGUAGCCCUGGAAGCCUAGCCGAGGAGGAACAUGCGGCAGGCAUCGCUUCUGGACCGGCCAGUCCUAGGCCUGGGUCUCUUGCAAAACAGCCAACAAUCAAUCCGAACUUGGCUCCCGGGACAGCGUCUGGAUUUGCAGCGGGUCCUGAUGGCGACGCCGCGGAACCGGUAGACUGGGAUCUUUGGCAGGCUGUGGUGAACGAAGGGCCGGCAGCUGUAUCGCGAACCAGCGCCGAGGAGCUCAACCAAGCCAUUGCGAGUGGUAUUCCGCAGGCAAUCCGCGGCGUCAUUUGGCAAGUCUUGGCGCAAAGCAAGAACGAGGAGUUGGAGAGCAUGUAUAGGGAGUUGGUUAUCCGCGGCACCGACAAGGAACACAUCACCGUCAAAAGUCCGCACUUGCCCAACGGUCAUAUUAACGGCGCGGGCAAAGAGAAGGAAUCCGUUGCUUCAUCUUCAUCUUCCGUUCAUUCCGACUAUUCAACACCGGCCACAACUAAUGGCAGCACAAAUGCACCUCUGCCCUCGCCAUCGAUUUCGGCGGAGAACCCCGAGGACUUGGCAAAACUCCAGGCUAAGCUCGCCGCGGAAAAGAAACAGAAGGCCAAAGAGGAAGCAGCCGCGAUCCAUAAACUGGAGAAGACCAUCAAGCGCGACUUGGGUGCCAGGACAAGCUAUUCGAAAUAUGUCAUGGCGGCAGGGCUGCAGGACGGACUUUUCGGGAUCUGCAAAGCCUAUGCGUUGUAUGAUGAAGCUGUCGGUUAUGCCCAAGGAAUGAACUUUAUUGCGAUGCCAUUAUUAUUCAAUAUGCCCGAAGAAGAAGCGUUCAGUCUCUUCGUGACUCUCAUGAACAAGUAUGGUCUCCGAGACCUGUUUGUACACGAUAUGCAGGGGCUACAUCUUCAUCUUUAUCAAUUCGAGCGACUUCUGGAAGACCUAGAACCCGCGCUGUACUGCCAUCUCCAUCGACGAGACGUGAAACCGCAGCUCUACGCAACCCAAUGGUUUCUCACUCUGUUUGCGUAUCGGUUCCCGUUACAACUCGUUCUUCGGAUAUACGAUCUCAUCCUCAGCGAAGGCCUCGAAGGAGCUAUCUUGAAGUUCGGCAUCGUGCUCAUGCAAAAAAAUGCAGAGACUUUACUGGGCAUGAAGGACAUGGCGACGCUUACCACAUUUCUCAAGGAGCGGCUUUUCGACGUAUACAUUGAUAAGGCGCCUUCGGCAUCUUCUAUCCUGGAGAGUGGCUUCUUCGGCUCCGCCGGGGGCGUGGACAAAGAAGUGUACCGCGCUGACAAGCUCGUGAAGGACGCCGUAGCGGUGAAGGUCACCCCCGAGAUGCUCAAGCAGUACACAGCCGAGUGGAAAGAGCAGCAGCGAAUAGAGAAGGAACGGGAAGCUGAGCUGCAUGGCCUGAAAGACAAGGUUUCGAUGUUGGAGAACAAGGUCCGCUCGCUUGAGCGUCGCGCUGAGCAGUCCGACACUGAGCACGUCCAAGUGGCUUCGGAACUCGUUAAGACUAAAGUCGAGAACGAGGGUCUCGCAGAAGAGAAUGAGACGCUCAAGACGAAGGUCGAAGAGCUUCAGAAGAUAGUGGACACGCAGCCAGAAGAGGUGGAAGCCCGGUUGAAGACGGAGAUGGAGACGGUCAUGCAGAAGAACAUCGUUGUCCACAACGAGAACAGAGCAUUGGAAGAGCAAAUGGCGGAGAUGGAGAAGGAGCUGGUGGCAACAAAGAUGCAAUGGGCAACCAUCAACGAGGAAUACGAGAACCUCAAGCAGAAGUGGAACAAUAUCACGCAGAUGAUGAACCGAUAGCCGGCGUCGAUGUCAUCUGCUCGCAUACAUCCUUUUCAUCCAUCACUGGCGUUCGGAUUGUUGGUGCACAAAGCACGUCACGGCCAUAAUGUCUAGCGAAACAGAUGUCUGUUCUCGAGCGUCGACCGCCGUUUAAUUUCGCUUUCGCUGUCCAUAUUCCUCUUUGCGCCCUCCCGCUGCCUGGGGUUGCGGCGCCGUCCUAUUCGACUAUGUUCGACUCAUGACGCAACUGGCAUCUUGUAUAUACCCAAGACUCAAUCGGAGGUGGACUUGAUGGUGUUCGUCUUGUGCUUUUGCGUUCUUUUCAGGAUAGUUUGCGUUGCAUAUUUGCGAGGCGGUUGGGCGCGGCGAAUGAAAACAUCAGUUUCACGGCUCGCCGACUAGUGGGCCUAGUAUCAUAGUGAUAUAUAGACCAGCCAUGGCAGGUGAGGUCAAAGCACCC